UAUAUACGCUAGGAGGAGUAGAGAGUGAGUGAAGUGAACGCCGGUGCGCCGAUAUACUUCGUUAGAAGACGCGCUGAGGUAACUGCGUAAACCACCGGUUUUGCUGCAAUUGUUGCACCUUUCACGUAGGCGUUAAUCAAGACGAGCGUUUAGUAUGCCGAUCAAGGCUGUGUGCGUGUUGUCCGGAUCGGACACUACCAAGGGAACCCUUCACUUCACGCAGGAGGGCGAGGGGAAGCCGGUUAAAGUUGUUGGCGAAAUUACCGGCCUCAGCAAAGGAAAGCAUGGGUUUCACAUUCACGAGUUCGGAGAUAACACUAACGGGUGUGUGAGUGCAGGAGCACACUUUAACCCUCAUGGAAAAGAGCAUGGCGCGCCGAUUGAUGCGAACAGGCACGUAGGAGACCUGGGUAAUGUUGAGGCUGGCGACAAUGGCGUUGCGAAGGUGAACAUCGAGGACUGCGUUAUUUCGCUUUGCGGAGCGCACAACAUCAUAGGACGAUCACUUGUGGUACAUGCCGACCCAGAUGAUCUUGGAAAGGGGGGCCACGAGCUGAGCAAGACCACCGGGAAUGCAGGUGCACGACUGGCCUGUGGUGUUGUUGGCAUCACCAAAUAAGCAGAAAGAAGAAAAAGCACUUGAUAUACUGCGUUCAUGCAUUCAACGUUCGGACAAAUAAACCCUUGUUUUAUUAA